CUGAGAGCUUACUGAAGACCUGUAGACGGGACUCACUGGGAUAUUCUAUUCAACUGACAUUUUUUAGGAAAUUACCCGAUAAUCAUUGACCCGGCUGGUGACGUCAUGAAGUCCCCGAAACUAAAAACUCCAGCCAAGUUCGUCAAGGAGGAGGACCUGAGCGACGUCCUGUGCGAGUUCGACGCGGUGAUCGAAGACUUCACGUCGCCCGUGGAGAAGCGACACUUUCGGUACGACGAGCACCUGAAGACGGUGAAGCGGAGGAGCAGCGUGAGCGUGGUCAGCGACAGCGGCAUCAGCGACACGGACAGUGCCGAUUCGCUCAACAGAAAUAGCUUCAGCUUUAGUGAUGAGAGGCUGAACUCCCCCACCGUGCACUCCCCCGCUACAACCUCUCCACCUCUGAUGUCACCCAAACCCAAACUGGGUGACACUAAAGAGCUGGAGGACUUCAUCGCCGACCUGGACCGGACAUUAGAGAGCAUGUGACCCAGGAGCUCUCUGCCAUCUUGGAGCGUAGCCAUGACGGAAGGAGGGAGCAGAUUUGUGAACGCACACUGAGCAGUUAAAAUGCACCUGCCCCAACACAUAGAGAGCGCCACCCAACAGGAUGCAGCUGCACGGAACAGCAGCUGGCAAAGCACCCCGCUGCCGCAUCAGAUCCAUCCAGAAGCCCUAAAGUCUGCUGCAUCCAGUCCACACACAGUUUCUGGACUCUGAAGACUACAGGGAGGGUCCCGAUCCUCUCUGCUUUCAUUCGAACUAAAAAGUUUCGAGUUUGGAUCCCAUCCUAAUGGACAGGCCAGACUCCACUCCCUCAUCCAUAACCUGAGCUGGAAGAGUAAUAAAAAAAAAAGGCUCUUUAUAACAGAUUUUUUUUUUUAAAGCUUCUUGGUGUAAAUGUACGAUUCUUGUUGUGAAAUAUAUUUUUGUAUCUUCUGUAUAUAAUGUCUCAGAUUCUAUUUUUGCUGAUUGGAAAUAUUAAGUUCAGGCUCACAUUGACUGGAGUGAUUCAUUGUGAAGGGAAAACUGGAAAGCAGCGUCUGUAUUUAGUACAGUUAACACCUGCCAGAGAAAAUAUUCAACUAUUAAAUAUUGUUAACUUUGUAA